AAUAAGACAAAUUUCAAAUCAAGUUGCUCCUCGAGACUACAAAAGCGGUUUGGAAUGUUAGGCGGAUGCAAAAGGAAUAAAGCAAACGUGGAGGGGGUGAAAAAGGAGGCCGAUAAAGUUUCUGGCUACAAGACAAGAGACGUAUCAUUACCAUAUGAUCUAAUGUGGGUGUCAGCUGGCUGUGCUCUUUGAGUGAAACCUUCGUUUUUAACUCUGCUAUGGAGUAGAAGCUGGAGGUUUUCAGCCUAGUGACAGUCACAGCGCAGCACGCCCCCCUCCUCCUUUCCACACCUGCGAACUCUUUUGCUCGGGCUGAAUAUCUAGUGUAAUUACAUCUCAGCUCUGAGGGCUCCCGUGGCAAAGACCCGGAUUAAAAGGUCCCCAGGUUGUGAAAAUACGUGAGCUAAUUAUGAAGACAACUCUCCUCUUACUCCUUCUGGCUCAAGUCUCUUGGGCUGGACCAUUUGAACAGAGAGGCUUAUUCGACUUCAUGCUAGAAGAUGAGGCUUCUGGGGCAGGCCCUGAAGACUCUGGUCUUCCUCCUGAUCUGCCACACCUGGAGCCCCUGGGACCUGUGUGUCCCUUCCGCUGCCAAUGUCAUCUUCGAGUGGUCCAGUGUUCUGACUUGGGUUUGGAUAAAGUGCCCAAGGACCUUCCACCUGACACAACAUUGCUAGACCUGCAAAACAACAAGAUAACUGAGAUCAAAGAUGGGGACUUCAAGAGCCUGAAGAACCUGCAUACCUUGAUUCUUGUCAACAAUAAGAUCAGCAAGAUCAGCUCUGGGGCGUUUACACCGCUAGUGAAAUUGGAGAGGCUUUAUCUGUCUAAGAACCAACUGAAGGAGCUGCCUGACAAAAUGCCCAAAACCCUCCAGGAGCUUCGUGCCCACGAGAAUGAGAUCAGCAAAGUGAGGAAAACCGUGUUCAAUGGACUGAACCAGAUGAUCGUCAUAGAACUGGGUACCAACCCUCUGAAAAACUCUGGAAUUGAAAACGGAGCCUUCCAGGGAAUGAAGAGGCUCUCAUACAUCCGCAUCGCAGACACCAACAUCACUGCUAUUCCUCAAGGUCUCCCUCCUUCUCUCACUGAAUUGCAUCUGGAUGGAAACAAAAUCACCAAGGUUGAUGCAUCCAGCCUGAAAGGACUGACUAAUUUGGCUAAGCUGGGGUUGAGUUUCAACAGCAUCUCUGCCGUGGACAAUGGCUCCCUGGCCAACACUCCUCAUCUGAGAGAACUCCACUUGGACAAUAACAAACUCAUCAGAGUGCCUGGUGGGCUGGCAGAACAUAAGUACAUCCAGGUUGUCUAUCUGCACAACAACAACAUCUCCGCAGUGGGCUCCAAUGACUUCUGCCCUCCUGGCUACAACACUAAGAAGGCUUCUUACUCUGGCGUGAGUCUCUUCAGCAACCCUGUCCAGUACUGGGAGAUCCAGCCCUCCACCUUCAGAUGUGUCUAUGUGCGCUCUGCCAUUCAGCUCGGAAACUACAAGUAACUCCCAAAAAGGUCUCAUUUAUAUAAUCUGGCAAAGAAAGCCCAAAAAUCCAAUCUGUCAAUAUCAUUACUAAAAGGGAAAAAAACAAAGAAAGUAAGAAAGCUAGAUGAUGGAAAUUCAAGCAUAUUGUGAAUGCCUUUCCCACAUGACCUAUUAUGCAUCAAACCAAAUAUGCAGAUUGAAUAAUUGCCUACAAUAAAAGUAUUUUGCCUGCAAUAGUCAGAAUCAUUUUUAAAUGUUUCUGUAGAUGUAAACCAAGCUAUCAAAAUCUGAUGUAACCAUAGAGGCCAACCAUUUAGUAAAGCUCUCAAAGAAACCAAAUAUAAAGUCUUUGGUAAUUCAUAGAGCUAAGUUAACUCUUUUGACACCAAGUCAAAUGCCAAACUCUAGCAAUGUAUUAGUCUCCUUUAUUGUUGGUAAUGCCUCAUUUGAAUAUGUAAAGUCAAUACAGGCUCUGUAAAGUUUUCACUGCCAUUAUACUGAAAAAAAUAAAAUUUUGAAAAUGCA